CUCUCUCUCUCUCUCCGUCUCUCUCACCCCAUUUCUCGGUUCCAGAUCUCAGUUCCCCAAGUCAAGCCCCACCUCAACGCCUGAAAUCUGAGCCGUUAAUCUCAACGGUUCAGAUAAUCACAUCCAACCCCAACUUCUUCCCAUUUCAAAACGAAUCCACGAAACAAACCCCACUUCAAAAUUCCAAGCAGAUCUCGAUCAUUCUCCAAUUCUACUUCUCCCCUGCUAUCCACUAUCCUGCGCCAUGGACGCGCACCUGAAAGACCUCUUCGCCCGAUUCCAGGAGCAGUUCGGAUCGGGCCCUGGACUCGGACCGGGUUCGGGCACCUGUCUUUUACGAGUCGAAGGAAUCUCUCCCGCCUUCAUAAAAUCCCUCUUCCGAGCUUCAGCUGCUCUCUACAGAACCGAUCCAUGGAAACGAUUCCGACCGACUCAUCUCUUCGGAAUCCGAGUCGGCAAAGAUUCCGACUGGUCCGGCAAGAAGCAGCCCUUCCCCUGCUUCCAAUUCAUCGGAUCCGACGGUGGCGAUCUCGGCCUCCACAUGUUCCGAUCAGAUGAGGACGCCCGUCAGAUGACCGGGCCUCGCGACACCCGUCGAAUCCCGCACGUCGAUCUCCUCCGAGUCACCUUCGAGCCUGAAUCGCUGCUCUACGCGUCGAACCGGAGGAUGGUCCGGUCACUGUCGCUGGAGCCUUCCGGCACCGACCGGUUCCCCGUCAUCGACGUUGCCCGCUGCACUGCAACUGGUGGGGUCCGAUUUCGGAAUCCGACAGUGGAGGAGCUCCAGUACGUAUACGCAUUCAUGAAGGCGAUCGCACUGGUGCACGCACUAAUCCAGUCAGCGAAGGAUGCCCCGGCGCCUAAAUGGACCCGAUUGGUGAGUUUCGAGCCGUUCAUCGAGACAGUUGAUGUGCAGUGGCCGCCUGAAUUGGGGAAGGGUUCCGAUGUGGUAGCGGUGACAAUCUCACACCCGCCGGGGCAAGUCUAUGAAGAGAAGCAGAGUUCGACUCCGACGAAAAAGGCGGAACCUGUCAAAGAUGAGGCGUCCGCUGUCGAUCUGAAGAUUAACUGGGCGGCGCCAAGACAAUGUAGUGUGUGUGAGAAGGAAGUCUAUGGAGAACAGUCAGUGUGCUGUGGGCGGUGCCGGGCGGUUGUUUACUGUGGCCCGGUUUGCCAGAAGCAGCAUUGGAAGGACACCCACAAGGGCACCUGCGGUCUCUACAAGGCGAUGAUGGAAAGAGAGGAGGAAUUGGCGAUGAAAAUCUUCGUCUUCCCCUGUUUUGUGGACCACCCAUGUAAGUGGCUCGAGUCGGUAGGCCUCCAUCAGAAGGGGAUGUGGCGGAGGAAAUGCAAUUGCUAUCUACAUUGCCCGUUCGGCCUCCUUCCUGUCAAAGGCGGAGGAGCUUUGGAUUCGUGGGGCAGCUUGGAUGAUGGGGACUACCCCCCUGAUUCGCCUUUCGACGGUCGAGAUAAGAAUUGUAACCCAAUUCUUCUCUCAGGCUGGUCAGAGUAUUACAACCUACGAUCACUCCCAUUGUCAAGCCCAGUCGCUGUUUUACUAUCCUAUCCAUUAACGGUUUAUCACAUAUUAACAGCGCUUAGCAUCGGUUGUAAGAACCUUCUACUAAAGGGAAGAGAGGUGAUAGUGCAUUAUCUUGGACCAGAAGGGGAGUUAGACUGGAUGCCAGCAUUCACCGAGAUUGGGCAUUUGCUAAACGGGUCUGGAAAUGUUCAGAUUGUAAUGGUGGGGCCUGAAGUCCCGAGCGAUUUGUCAGGGACAGUCUUGGGAAUAAGUAGUAGAGUGAGGGUGAAUUUGGUGAGGGGUGUUUAUCAGGAGGAAUCGACUUACCUCCCUUCACCGCAUGUUGUGGUUGCAUUGAAUUCGGGUUUGGAGAGUGGCGGAAGUUGGGGUGGGGCCCUUGAAUUGAUAAAUUCGAUGAAUGUGCCGGCAUUCUUCACAGAUCAAUCAGAAAUCUCUUGCACGAAUGCGAAACAGGUUCUUAGGGGGGCUGGUCUUCACAUCACCUUCCCCGUGAUGCCGAAUCCGUUCCGUUCGCCUGUGAGGAAUCCAAUGCCAUCAACCAAUCUUCCUUCCUAUAGCAACGGUUUCGUGUUCGGUGUUAAUACAUGAAAGAUGAGGCUUCUUUGGAGAAUGUUGUAUUCAUUUUAGAGAAAAGAGACUGUAUCUGAGGUUUGUUCCUGUAACUUAUGGCUACAUUUGGAUUCACAAGUGCAUUGAACUGCAAGCAUUCUGCUUAACCAAGAGGAGAUGAGAAAAAUGGUGAUCUUUCCUACUCAAAUUCCACGUAUCUUUGUUUCACUUCCAAUUUCAACUUGAAAGUAAUGUAAUUUCAAUUUGGAGUCAAUAAUCUCGGCAUGAGCGGUACAAAAUGAAAUCACAUUUGGUUUUUUUUUCCUUCUUUAUUGGACUAAUAAUUGGAAUCCAAUUGAAUAGUGCAUCCAAAUGCUCCAUAUAUGUUCUUAUUUGCUAUUGCGUAUGAUGUUCGUUGGUUGAAGCAAUCAAUAGAAGUUUUUGUGA